AUGAAUGUAAACCACAAGACCAAAACUUUGUUGAGCGAGGAUAUUGGCGACAAAUUUGAUUCCGGCAAUGGUAGAUUGUCGAAAAAGCUGAAGAAUAAGAAAGUACCACAGAGAGGAAUGGGAGUUGCUCAGCUUGAGAAGAUCAUAUCAGAAGAACAUCAGAAGAAUGAUAUCGCUAUUUUGGCUCCUAAUUCAAACAAUUUCACGCCGCCGCCGUCGAUGUCGAUUCCUUUACCACCUCCAUUGCCGCCUAAUCACCACCACCGUUUGAUCCAAAUUACCGAUGCGACGAAUCCUGUUUUAGUUUCUAAGCCAAUGCAUUCGAUCAUUAAUGGUGGUAGAUUAUGGAUUGGUGGCGAUUACCGAUUUGUACUGGAGAAUCCGAAUCUGAAUCCGAGCAUGUCAACAAAUCGGAGUGAUUUACAAAGAUCACACCUUUUUCAGCAACCAUGUUCUUCAUUAAUGAUCGAGCUCCCUUCAAACCAAAGCAACUAUAGCAACAACUACUACCCACCAUUGAAGCCACAUGAAGAGAAGAUGAUCGGCAUGAAGAGACCAUACCCUUUUUCAAAGGAAAAUAUGCCAAUUCCUUCUUUCAACUUCAAAUUCCCCUUCUCUUCUUCUUACAGCAAUGAAUUCAGAGAGAAGAAGAGUUCGAAUUUAGUUGCCAAAGAUUUUCUCACAUUGGCUCCUCCUCAAAUUCAAUCAUCAACUUUACCACAGCAUCAAGGUCAAACAAAAGAUGUAUCCGGAAGUGAAAGGUCAAACGAGCAGCCAUUUUAUAGUUUCUUUCCAGCAGCAAAGAACCAUGGAAACAACAAUGGUGAAGAAGGUGAACAUGUUGAUCUCAGUUUGAAGCUGUAGAAGAUUUCCUUUAUUUAUUUAUUUAUUGAAGUUUGAUUUUUUUAUCUUUUGUUGCUUUUUGUGUUUUAGUCAUUCAUCCAAAUGUCAUUUUUCGUAGUUAUUAUUCUUUUAAUUGUAAUUCUUUAUUGUAGGAAUCAAUAAUUGGU